CAAAUGUUCAUCCAUGUCAACCUGGCCCAUCAAAUUCACCACUUGCUAUCCCACUUGAUGAAAUUGAUGAAGAAUGUGAUACCAAUUGGGAACCAACACCCAAGAGAAAGAAAAAGCAAAGUUGUUCAGUAAAAAAGAGCAAACAAUCAAACUUGAAGAAAACAAAACCAAAACCAAAAAAGAAUACACCUGUAACAACUGAACAUGCUCCUGUAACCGAGGAUGUGACAGAUGAAUACCAUCGCAUUUGGAGAAAAAAGGAAAGUAAAACUGAUGUUCCAAGCUAUAAUAAUUCUGAAAGUCCAGUUGAAGAUUUAUUUCUUGAUACAAGUCCUACUGGUGUUUUUUUGACUUUAUUUGAAGGUAUACUUGAUCAUAUUGUAUAUCAAACUAAUUUAUAUGGCACACAAAAAAAUUUAAAUUUAAAUAUAAAGCCAUAUGAAGUUUUGAAUUUUUUGGGAAUUAACUUUUUAAUGGGCUAUCAUAGGCUACCAAGUUGGAAACAUUAUUGGAGUUGUGCACCAGAUUUAUCAGUUCCUUUUGUGGCUGCCACAAUGAUAAGAAAUCAUAAUAAUGAUAAACUUUACAAACUGAAACCAACUGAAACCAACCAACUAUCUAUUGAUGAAUCUAUGAUUCUUUUCAAAGGUAGAAGUACAUUAAAACAGUAUAACCCGAUGAAGUUUAUUAAAAGAGGUUAUAAGUUAUGGUGUCUAGCAGACCAAAAAGGUUACAUAAAAAAAUUUCAGGUAUAUCAAGGAAAAGAUGAACAAUUAGAAAAUGAAUUUAAAGAUUGUGGUCUAGGUGAAAGAAUUGAGAACAGUUUAGCGUGUGGAACAAUACGAGCUCAUAGAAAAGGUAUUCCUAUAAUUCACGAUGACUCAAAAUUAGCAAGAGGAUCUACAGAUUACAAAAUAACUGACUCUGGAAUUGAAGUUUUUAAGUGGAAAGAUACAAAAUCAGUUUUGUUAGCAUCAAACUACCAUGGCACAGAAAAAACCACUGUUUUAAGAAAAAACAAGCAAGGAGUGUCUACAGAAAUACCUUGUCCCCAGAUAAUAAAGGAUUACAACAACUAUAUGGGAGUAGACCACGCAGACCAACUGAGAGUUACAUAUGGAGUAGAUAGACGGUCAAAGAAGUGGUGGCACAGGCUCUUCUGGGGUAUGAUUGAUAUUCUAUUUGUAAACGCUUAUAUAAUAUAUAAAGACCUGAACGGACCAAUGAAACUAUUAGAAUUUAGACACAUUGUUGUUCAAGGGCUAAUAAAUAAAAAAGAACAACCAACACCAGUACGAGGUCUCUUUCAAAGAAAACCUAAAGAAAAUAAAGGUCAAAUAAAUAAGCGCAGAGGAAAAAAUUGGUCUGUUCCAAAUGAUUGGGAGAGGGCUGGCGAGGGCGCUGGAAUGUUUCUUAUGGGGGCUAGAGCCCCCUUGGCCCCCGUCUAUUAG